GAGCGCACUCGGAAAGAAGCGAUCGUAUCUUCGAAUUCCAACCGAUCGAGUUAUCUCAUCACACCGGCUCAGCUCGAGGAAAAUGUGCUGCUAUGUUGUCAUUAACGUUAUUGCUCUGUAGGGUUUAUUGAGGAUGUCUGUUUCUGGCUUAUGAACCCCGAGUUCUCUGUAGCUUGUUAGCCAGAGUAGCCAGCUAACGUUAGACAUCUUAACAUGAAGAUGUCAACAAGUGCUGUCAGGAUGCAUACCAUCACUGUUGCUGUAUGCAGCCUGCUGCUGGUUGCCCAAGGGCAGAUGGACGAUGACGAAUGGAUUGAUCCGUAUGAUACGUUGAACUACGAUCCAAGCAUAAAGUCCAUGAGAAAGCCUGCCAAGCAGAGUAAUUACCCAAAUGUACCAACCAAAAGAAGGGAAUACAUCCAGGACUCAGAUCAAGUGGACGUAACGGAGUGCAACAACAAAGUGGAAAGGUUAAAAAGAGAGAUUGAAGAGUAUAAGAAGAAGAUUACACGGGUUGCACAGCAGCUGUCAUGCAACCCAGUGUUCAAACGAUUCCUCACCAAACUUCUGAAGGAGAUAGAAAAAGUUAGCCUGCCCAGUGAUCUCAAGAACGAUAUCCACUAUGACGCCAAAGUGAGACUGUCUCGGCAAGCGGUGGCGGAGAUCCAGAAGCUUCUGGAGGGAACAGACAGCUGGAGAACGGGGGCUCUGGACGAUGCCCUCAGCCAGAUCCUGGUGGAUCUCAAACCACAUGACUGCGAGGCCUGGAGAUGGCACUUUGAGGACACCUUUGGUGUGGAGAUUGACACGGUCAUGAAGGUGUCUGUAGUUGUCUUAAUCAUAGUGGUCAUAAUCUGCAGCGAGCUGUGGUCUACAGUCUCCUGGUUUGUCCAGUUCAAGCGAAUCUUUGCCAUCUGCUUUCUCAUCAGUCUGGUCUGGAAUUGGUUCUAUCUUUACAAGAUUGCCUUUGCCGAGCACCAAAACAAAAUGGUGAAGAUGGAGGGCAUCGAUGCAAAAUGCACAGGGAGGAAGAAAAUCGACUGGUGGGAUAACUUGAAGGAUUGGUACAGAGGUGCCAUGACUCUCCAAGACGAUCCCUGUAGGAUGUACUACGAAGUCCUCAUGGUCAACCCCAUCCUUCUCGUACCACCAACUAAGGCUAUCACUAUGACCAUCACCACCUUCUUCACAGAGCCUCUGAAGCACUUUGGCCAGGGGAUCAGCGAGUUCCUACGAGCCCUCCUCAAGGACCUACCGGUCACCCUGCAAAUUCCUGUGCUCCUCACCAUCGUGCUCUCCAUCCUGGUCUUUGUGUACAGCAGCGCCCAGGCCGCCAUCCAGCAUGGCAUCACCAGACUGCUGCGUGUCGGAGUGCCCAGGGACCCCCCAGCCUUGGACCAGCCCGAGCCCCAAGCCUGUCUGAGAGGGACAGACCACAACCCACUGGCAGGGGGGGAUGCCCCUCAACGCUCCCCUCCCCCGCUCAGAAGCCGACUAGGACCAGCAGCCAACCAGCGGGCUCAGGACCUGGACAGGACGUACAUCCAACGGAGGAGCCCCCAACACAGGGCGCGGGAGGAGCCGACCAGGGUGUAUGUGGACACCCUGAGGAACGCCGACCGGCGGUACAGCAAGGAUGAGAUCGUCUCGGAGUGGAGGGAGUGUUUCCCCGACGGAGAGCGGCCGGAGGGUGGCUCCGACGCAGAGGAUACCAACCCUCUAACGGUAGAUGAUAAUACCGACAUCCAGGAAGAGGUACUGCAAGAACCAGUUGUAGCUGGAGCCACAACUGAAGGUAAUGACUCACAAGAAGCUAAGCCCUCUCCAGCUAAAGCCAAAUCAAAUAAGGGGGACUUUGCGUCUGAAUCUAAGGGGGCAGCUGACAGCCAGGCUGAACAGCAAGCCGAGGUAGCCCUCACCAACUACACAAGGGAAUAAUGUAAGUGGUUUGUGUUGACUUCGACUGUGUUAUAAUUUAUUGGAUUUAUAUAGCCCUUUUCUACCAACUGAGGUACUCAAAGUGCUUUACAUUCACUAAACAAAAAUAUAAACGCAACAUGUAAAGU